AUGGUCUCCCUCUUCUCCCUCUUCUCCUCAAAGAAGCGCCCAAAGGCCACAGACCGACGCCCCACCUCUCCCACCUCCCCGAAACGCACACGCUCCGUCCGCUCCCCCAGCAAGCCCUCGGGUCAGUUCAAGGCUGACGCUGCCCGCCGCGCCAGCUCUGAGGGCCAAGGCCUCGCAACCAAGCGUCUCAAGGCGUCCGCCGCCACCGCCACCCUGUCAUGCACAACUGCAACUGCUCAGGCUCAGGCAUCCACUGCCGGUCGCUCCGGGCCGUCCCACGUCCCGCCGCGCAUCAACAUUUCCCUGCCAUUUGAGGCGCAGGCCGAUGAGAUUGACGCGAGCCUUGGACUCGACGGCGUCGGGCGCACCCCUGUGCUCACGGCAGCCGAGCGCCGCGUCCUGGAUGCCCAGCGGUACACUCCGGCUGAUCUGCAGGCCGUGUGGGAGUGGCUCGGACCCGAGUUUGCCACUAGAGGAGCCGAGACUGUGGGCAUCAUGCUUCCCCGCCGGCUCGAAACCAGCAAGGACCGCCAGCGCCAACUCGGAUCGCUGUUUAUCCUCGCCCGUCGCCCCGAGCUCGCGGACAAGCUCCCUUCCCUCACGUCCAGAUACCCCACCGUCCCUGCCAACGAGGCUGCAGAGGCAUGGAAAUCUCGUCUUGUCGCAGUCGCCAAGGACACGCCAAACCCUGUCGACCUGGCCGAAGUCCUCAAGACAAUUCUCCGCCGUCUUGCAGGCAACACGCGCCCAAUUAUCGACCCCACCACCUACAUCCGCUUCGUCCAGCAGGAGCAUGCCGCGUCGUAUCCCCGCGUCGCGUACGCGACCAUGCUGGAGCCACAUCUCAGCAAGGACGUCGUCGGUCUCCUGGCGGCCCUGUUCGAGGUCGUCGCCGCAGUCGCCAUGCAUGCCGACACCAACUCGAUGAGCGCUGGUAGACUCUGUCACCUGUUUGGCUGGUGGCUCCUCGGCGCGAUACCUGACGGAACGACGAGCUGGAAUGACCUGUACGAGGCGUACCGCUUGGCCGGACAGCGUGCCGAACACAUUUUCUACGCGCGCGUCCGGUGGCAGACGACACAGCAGAAGAUGCCUAGACGUUUAGUCCAGCUGAUUCUGUCGUACCCUUUCGGCGAAUCGUCGGCGUCCUCUGAACACCUUCCCCUUCCUCCCGCCUCUACGUUCCCACGCCGGGUGUUGCACGUCACUCUCGGAACUGACUCGACGCUGCCCACAGGAACCGCCCCGGAGAAGGCGCUUGGUGACGCGCUCAUCGCCAAGCUAGACAAAGGCGUGACUGCGCCCACCUGGGUGUCGAUUCGAGGCCAGGAUAACGCUGUCACGCUCGACAUGGUAAUCUCCGCCGAUUCGCGUGAGUUCCUGGUUGAACUAGCGGCCGCCAAAGGGCUCGAUUUUGCGACGCCUCCCGGGAGCCCCAAACGACUCCCCGACGAUGAGCUCCUGUACCAGCCCAUCGAUGGGCGUCGGCGCUCGAUGUCGUGCGAGAUCCCGCGCCUCAAUAUUGCAGGCCCUGAGAGCCCACAUCGCGGCAUGGUCCGCCAGAGCUCGGCGAUCAACUUGAGUCCUCCGCGCGCUUCCGCGUCGUCACCACCCCAGUGGGACGACUUCUUGCAGAGCGGCUUCAGUGACGCGUCCAACGGUGUCAGCGAUCUCUCCCUGAGUUUGAAGAAGCCCACGGCGCCCCUCCGCCUCUCUGCCAGCUCUGCGGCGUCAGGAGCGUCUGCGUCCGCUUCCAGCAGCUCGCACCUCCAGGUCCCCAAGAAGCGCAUCAUCUCUGGAGGCAAGACGACGACGUCCUACGUCAUCUCGGCCGAGGAGAUUGUCGAGAUGGACGACGGCUUCAUCCACUUUGUCGAAGACGGCCAGCUCGACCCGGUUGCGUCUGCUUCGUGGCCGCGCUUCGCACUCGUGCAGCUCGCGCAGCCUCUCCAGACACCAUCGAACCCCGACUCGGUCGACUGGCUCCUCGUCACGGUCACGAAGCGUGUGGUCAAGCGCCCUGUGUCGAUUGACGAGUCGAUGCCUGACCUCCGCUCCCCCGAUCCGCUUCGUUCCUUCUCUCCCAGCAGUACCACGACCGCGACCUCUCGAUUCAGCACUGCGUUUGGAUUCAGCAGUCUAGCAAACAAGUUCCGCCGCAAGUCGUAUUUCGCAGAGCUGGCUUCUCACGCUGCCCCUACUAGAUCCCGUUCGUUACAGCCCAUAGCAUACAAGCAGCGAGAGUCGAGGCACGUCACGAGGAGUUCUGGUGCCUCGGACGCGCCUACGGAAUACACCAUUGGCGAGAUGGGCGAGAUGGUCUUGAUUCCCAGUCCCACAAGCUCGCCACCCGUCUCGCCCAUCUCGCCUGCGGCCUUCAAGAUGGAUCCCGUGCUCGCGCGCUCGGCGCCCACCGACUGGGUAUAUCUCGGCGAGGGCGGCGCCCACGUCAUCUUCCGCUACCGCGGUACUGAUCCGGCGCUGCAAGGCCGUGCAAUGCGUCUCGUCAAGGCCGAGGGCGCCACGGCCGACGCCGCUGUGCGGCACACCUGGGCUGCCGAGCUCCUGCCCCAGUUCCUUCCUGCCAGCCUCCUCGCUUCGCCUUUGCCAGCCAUCGUCAACGAAACGUGGACGCGCGCCGUCGUAACCCCUACGGAGAUCAUGCGUCCCGCCGAACGUCGGGCCGAGGGCAGGCCACUCGCCGACAGCGUCGACUACGGCCGUCCGGCGCAACUCAUGGAUGACCUGACUUGUGGCGUAGUCGGCGAGAAAGUCCUUGCCAUCGAGAUCAAGCCCAAGUGGGGUUUCCUUCCUCUGGCACAGCACCUUACCCCACUCGAGUCGAUCCCCAUCAAGACGCGCAACUGCCGCUUCUGCUUGCACCAGCACUACCGCGGCGAGAGCAUUGAGGGUACCGUAUACUGUCCUAUCGACCUCUACUCGGGCGACCGCCCGCUCGUCCGCAAGGCCCUCGACGGCCUCUGGGCCCAGUGGCACGCUCAUGCCGGCGACAAGAACAACCUCCGCGUCUACGUGGACGGCAAGAAGGUCCUGCCAUUGAGUGCCGAGCUUAUCCCCACCGCGCGCGACGGCGACCUCUCGGACGGCACGGCCGACUUCCUCAUCCCUCUCCUCGAGAAGUCGGGUGCGCUGCAGCAGCUCAAACAGCUGCAGAGCACACUCGACGCAACGAACAUCUCGGAUCUCGCGAGGCAGUUCUCAGAGGCGAACCCGGGUGUCGAGCCUUUCGCGCCGGAGUUUGUUCCCGAGCCGACCGCCGCCGAGAUCACCUCCUUCGCCAAGAAGUAUCUCGCCGACCCGGGAGCCGGUGCCCGCCCCAACACCUGGACUAUUCGCGAGCGCGAGAUCGCCUUCAUGCUCUCGGCGAUCUUCAAGGACUGCUCGAUGAUCAUCCGCGCCGUCCUCCGCAACACUGGAUCCGGAUACGAGCUCGAUGAACCCAAGUCCACCGUCAAGCUCAUCGACACAGACCUCAAGCCCCUCACCAACAUGAAGAAGUGGUACGACCUGGACGAGAAGUUGUGGCGCCACUGGGCCGAGACCCGUGGUAGCGAGGAGCAGACCGUCAUAAUCCCCGCCGAGCCCAAGGACUCGCCGCACCACAGCUACCGCAACCUCACCAAGACUGUUGGCGGCACGCUCGCGGCCGCUGGUGGCGUGUACGUGAUGCACGGCAGCCCGAACCCCGAUGAAUCCUCGGCGCACUCCACUGCAAGCAUCGACGCAGCCAAUACGGCCCUCGCUUCUGCAAUCCCAGACCCGUCCCCCAUGGACCGUGCGGACCCGGAGCAGGACGAGCUCGAGCCCGAGAUCCGCGCAGCUCUUGAGCGUUUCUCCCCUGAAGGUCCUGAGUGCACAGACGGCCAGUCCAUUGAGCCGGUGGCCCCUGCCCCGGAGGCCCCUGUCGCCAUUGUUCCCGCGGUCAUUGUUCCAUCGCCUGAGGUCCAGCCGGGUGUGAAGACCGAGGCUGCCGCUGAGCCCAAGAUGACGGCUCAUGCUGAGCCGGAGGCCCGUGAGGUAACCGCGGAGGUUGUGGUUGAGAAAGUCGAGCCAGCCGCCGAGACGGUCGAGCUUCCCGAGCCCGUCUCUGAGCCAGUUGCCAAACCCGUUGUGAAGGUGGAGACCGAGGAGCCUGCUCUCGAGGUCGUCGCUUCUCCUGCCGCUGAGGUGGUUCCCAUUGCCUCCGAUGAGAAGGUUGAUGACCUCGCCGAGCCUGCCACCAAGGAGGCCGCUGCUCCUGUUGAGUCCGCCACUCUCGUCGAGGAGCCUUCCAGCACUACUGACAAGAAGGCAGGCUUUAUUGCCCUCGCCGCGACUGGUGUCGCUGCUGCCGCUGCCGUCGCUUCUAAUGGUACCUUGCGCUCGCCCAGCACCACCAGCGCCACGCUAUCGCCUAAGAACAUUGAACACUCACCGUCAUCGGGCUCGCUCACCACGCCCGAGAACACGCUCCGCCGCAAGACUUCUGAUCUCGAGGGCAUGUCGCGCGUGGCCCGCAUUUCGUCGCUGUUCAACCGCCGUGCCAGCCAGACCUCGCCCGUGUUGCCGACCAAGCCCCUCAAGCCCGCGCCGUCCCCCAAGUCUCCCAAGCACGAGAAGGACAAGGAGGAGGGCUUUGCGUCCCGCUUUCUCAAGCCCAAGAAGAGCGGCGUGACCCGAACCACGCCCACGGCGCCCGUUGCGGCUGCAGCAGCCGCGACGGCGGGUGUCGCGGCGGCCGCGGCCAUCGUGCUCAAGGAGGACAAGGACAAGUCUGAAGCCCCUCCUGAGGUCAAGGCCGAGACUGAGGUCGAAGCCGUCCCCCAGGUCGUGGAGGAGCCUGCCGUCAAGGAGAUCGCGGAGGCCGCGGAGACCAUGGAGCCUGCCACUGAGGACCAGCCCCAGACCACGGCGCAGGACAAGUCUGGGGCGACGGAGGAGACCACCGAGCCCAAGCCUACCGAGCUCGUGGCUGAGUCCUCACCCGCUGGCGAGCCCACUCUAGAGGUUUCGCCCAUUCCAGCCGCCGAGUCCAUUCCCGUUGAGUCUGAGCCCAUCGCCGGGGUUGGAGUCACUCCUCCCGCUGUGGGAGAAACCAAAGAGAUCACCGAGGCCGAAACCGCCCCAACUGAGGUUGUUAACGAGGCGACCUCUGUGUUGGCUCUUGCGUCCGCUGAGCCGGUCCCCGAGACUGUCACUGAGUCUGUCACCGAGGCUAUCACUGAGCCCGCCGUCGAGACAGCCCCUGAGCUUUCAAAGGAGAUCAAGGCGAGCACGGGUGUUGAGCCGGUGGUUGCCGUUCUGCCUACCACUGAGGCCGACUCCGAGGUCGUUGCUUCGGGUGUUGCCCCUUCGCCGGAGGCUCCCGCUCAGGUCGAGGUCCCCGCUCCGGAUGAGAUUGCACCUCCCGCGGAGAUCCCCGCUCCGGCUUCUGAAGAGACUUCCGAGGUCAAGGCCGCUGAGACCGCUGAGGCUUCCACCGCGGCUGUCAUCUUCGCUUCUUCUCCUGAGCAGGCUACCGAGACUGUCGAACUGGAGGACGCCGCGCCUGCCACUGCUGAGUCUGAGCAUACGGCUCUCGCGACUGAGCCUGUUGCUGACGAGGUACCUAGCGAAGUCUCUCGCGAGCUCUCCGCCUCGCCACGCACCCCCGCCAUGCCCAUCCGCGAGACGUUCUCAUCCGUCGAGAACACCCCUGCGUCAUCGUACACCCCCGCCCGCCUCGCCCGCCAGGGCUCCCUCUCUGCCACUAAGGCUGGUCAGUUUCCCCGCUUAUCGGCUUUCGGUGACGACCUGCGCAUCGCCUCGCCAGACCUUGCCAACCUGCGCCAGAGCCCUCCCCCCCAUACCGGCUCGCCUUUAAUGGACGGCCCAAUGAUCGUGCCCACCAAGUCGAUCGAGUCGCCCGCUGAGUCCCCUCUCCGCAAGGCCGACACUGCCUUCCCUCGUCUCUCGGCCUUCAUCGACAAGGACACGCCUGGCAUUGACGCUCUCCGUGAGCUCGGCGAGUCGGAGAUCCCAAGCGUCCCCACGCCGAUCCAGGAGGAGAGCCGCAGCUUGCAGCCCAGCCCAAACGUCGCCACGUUUGCCGAGAGCAGCGCGCCCAUCAAGGCGCCGCCUCUCGACGCCUUCGGCAUCACUGCGGCUCCAGUUGUCACUGCCACCGAAGUUGCUCCCAAUGCACCGCCGCUUGCCCCGGCCUUUGACUCGGACGCGUCGUCGCUGCAGGCGUCUAGCGAGGCGCGCUUAAAGCGCUCCGCAUCGCCGUCUCCAUCGCCCCACCUCAUCUCGACUUCCACGGAGCCGUACGAAGCUGAGCUGAGCCACGUCGCCGAGGGGCCUGCCGAGCCUGCCUCUGACGAGUCGCAGUUGCUCGCGGAGGGUUCGACCAUCGACCUAAACUCCCCGAUCAAGCCGAAGGAGACGACUACCACCAAGGUCGACGUGACCGCGACGACUCCCGAGCAUGUCGCGCGGUACGAGAGCGCGGCCCUUCCCCCGCUCCCGCACAUGCGCACGGCUAGCGUCGCUUCGACCGUCGACUCUCUGCUUGAAAGCGACCGAUUCGCAACUGCCCCUGCGUCUCCACUCAGCAACACGCCCAUAGUUUCCACGGACUCGCUCGGCUUCAAGGUCGACGAGGUGCGGGAGCCCACCACCCCUCGCGCCACCUAG